CGCGGGGUGGGUGCGGGGAGCAGCUGGCGCUGGGGCACCGGGACGCGCAGAGACUGCUCACCUUAUUGCCAAGAUUAUAUACCCCUUGCCUGGAGUGUCAGGAGGUGCCAACAUAAGUCUUUUGUAUCUUGACUCUGAAACAUUCGUGUUGAUAGAACAUCGGUGGUUCCAUGUCACAGCUUCAGAACUGUUGGGGAGUAUACCAGGAUGGUGCAACGCAUGUUCUGGAUGCCGUCUCAGAGAUGGAGGUGCUGGCAGCAAGUACACCUCUUCCUGAUCCAGCCAAUGAAUUUGAUAGGAACGUUCCCCGUAUCUGUGGUGUCUGUGGAGACAAAGCUACUGGCUUUCAUUUCAAUGCCAUGACAUGUGAAGGCUGCAAAGGAUUUUUUAGGAGGAGCAUGAAAAGAAAAGCAAUGUUUACAUGUCCAUUCAACAGCGACUGCAAAAUCACCAAAGAUAACCGACGGCAUUGCCAAGCCUGCCGGCUGAAGCGUUGUGUGGACAUAGGCAUGAUGAAAGAAUUCAUUCUGACAGAUGAGGAGGUCCAGAGGAAGAGAGAGAUGAUAACGAAGAGGAAGGAAGAGGAGGCUCUCAAAGAGAGCAUGAAGCCCAAAUUAUCGGAGGAGCAACAGAGAGUCGUUGACAUUCUUCUCGAGGCCCAUCGCAAAACUUAUGACCCAACCUAUUCUGACUUCACCCAGUUCCGGCCUCCUGUGAGAGCCAACUCAAGCAAAAGAAUAACUAGAUCAUCAUCGGUCCUUACGCAUGGCUCCUCAUCGGAAGAGUCUUCAGAUACCUUCAGCUGUUCUCCAGAGUCUGUAGAGCACAGAAUGUUCUCCAACAUGGCACUGAACGAGGAGUCUGACGAAAGCCCUUCCAUGGAUAUUAACCUCUCGCACCUCACCAUGCUACCUCACCUGGCUGACCUCGUCAGCUACAGCAUACAGAAAGUGAUUGGCUUUGCAAAAAUGAUCCCAGGGUUCAGGGAUCUGACGGCGGAGGACCAGAUUGCCUUACUGAAGUCCAGCGCCAUUGAAAUUAUUAUGCUUCGUUCAAACCAGUCGUUUUCCUUGGAGGAUAUGGCAUGGUCAUGUGGAGGCAAUGAAUUCAAGUACCAAAUCAAUGACGUUACCCAAGCUGGUCACAGCCUAGAACUGUUGGAACCACUUGUGAAAUUUCAGAUUGGCUUAAAGAAGUUGAACCUUCACGAAGAGGAGCAUGUGCUCCUGAUGGGCAUCUGCAUCCUCUCCCCUGACCGCCCUGGCGUGCAGGACACUUCUCUGGUGGAGUCCCUCCAAGACCGCCUUUCCGAGGUCCUGCAGACCUACAUUCUGUGCAAACACCCUCCCCCAGGCAACCGCUUACUCUAUGCCAAGAUGAUCCAGAAGCUGGCAGACCUGCGGAGCCUGAAUGAGGAGCAUUCCAAACAGUACCGCUGCCUUUCCUUCAAGCCAGAGCACAGCAUGCAGCUCACCCCGCUGGUCCUGGAGGUUUUUGGCAAUGAAAUCUCCUGACUUCAGAUGCAGGACAGCGCACCGAGAAAGAAAGGGAUAAGUCAGCCUGGUGAGCGGGAGGGGUGUGACCCUUAACCAGGGUUUGUAUAUAGACCCAGUUUAGUUUCACACUACUGGAGAGGACUGCGUUUUCUGCACAUCUUCAGUCACCUGAGUUGGCUUGCUGCAGAGCGGCAGCCAACCCAGCUACGCUGCUUUUUUUUUCCCCAGCGAGUGGCUUUUCCACUUGCCUUCCUUCUGUAACCCUAUCCCUUAUGCUCACAUAUCCUCACAUAUCCCUUUAUGGCUGUUUCAAGGCUGCCUUCAGACUGAGGCCUUCUUGAAACCACCACUUUUUUGGCUUGUUUUACAAAGUAAAAACUGAAAAGUCAGGCCACUAGUUGGGAGGAAAUGACGGAGAUUUCAUGGGUGAGCUUGGAAUUCAGGGCUUCAAUGAACCCCUAAUGCUGUCUGUGGAGAGAGAACAGUUCUCUAGUUACUCCUCCUAUCCCUUCCCAAAGCCUGUUGCCCAAGUGCUGUUGGUGCAUAGUUGCUGGCUCAUUCCACCCCAGAGCCAGCUGAAUGAUCCCAGCAUAUGCACCCACCUCCUCCAACACUGGCUGCAAAGUACAGAAAUAUCUUAGUCUCAAAAUAAAUAGGGCAAUGCACUUAGGGGAGAACAAUUCCUGUAUCUCUGAGAGAAAUCUCCAUUUGCCUGCUGUGUAGAAGCUGAAGAUCUCCGAAGCAAUGGCACGUUGUGGUCUGUCCCCCUGUUAAUGCGACAGGAAUGAAUGGGAUAUUUGUAAGGUUACUAGUCUCUUGGGUUGCUCUGAGAGGUGUAGCCAGACUGGAAGUGGUAUUUGCCAGUUUCACCCUUGAUCUGUGAUAGACUGAAGACUGUCUCUUGGGCUCCCAGGAUGGAUAGCUAAAAGCACGAAAAUCCAUGCUAAUCAACACGCUGUACCAUUUUUGUUUCAAUGUUGAUGUUGCCAAGUGUCGAGGUGAGACCUCAGAUAAUCAGUUAGGAACAAACCCUUUCAGCCUGUGGGGUGGCCAGUGGGGUGGUUUCUGGGCCUUUGGGUCUGCUGGACAGUUAUCAAAUAGCGUCUGAACAGAUUACUUGCCAAGCCUGUUAAAUGUGCAACAUCUUGGGAUAACUCAGUAAGAAUUAAGCGGGGAAGGAUUAAUCUCACAUCUUCCUACCCUGAAAUGUUCUGGUUGCAGCAAGAUUUCAGUCUUUACGAGAGGAGUCCUGGUUUCUUAGAACUAAGGAAGAGGAAAAGCAGCCAAUAAGCUGUGCAUAGCAUUGCAUCACAGUCAAUUAAGGCCUGAGAUGAACCCAGUCUUUCAUCCUGAGUUCUCCAGAGUUUUCCUGUGCUAUGUAGGAGUCCUGCUUUCAAUGCACUACAGGACACAGACUCUAUUGUGUCAGGGGUCCCAUUGUGCUAGGCCCUGUGCAAACAUAUGAAAUCACAGCGGCCAGUGAUAGCAUCCAUUUUGGAGAGAAACAUGUAUCCACUCUGGGGCCUCCAACAGUGGCAGGUCAAGCGCUAUUAAGAGGGCAAAAAAAAUUGUAGAAAAAUCUGCCAACCAAGGAAAACCAAAUGACGCAAGAGCAAAGAAAAUCCCUCUAGUUCAGUCCCUUGUGUGUCAGUCGUUGGGUGUGCAGAGGAUGUUUGGGGUCGGCUUCUGUUUUGUGUACUAUGAAAAUUACUUUCCAUCUGCUAAUGUGCACCUUUAGCUGCCACCACCGCCUUUGUAAACAAGUUGCUCGUUUUCCUAAUGCUAAAGAAUCAGAAUUGGGCUUUGAAGCUCUGUGUUCAUGCUCCUCUGUCAAGUGGCUGCCGCAUGGCAAUGGUGUUGCUUUCUCUGUCUCUUGCACUAAUGUGGGAAGAUUUGUGUUGCACUUUGGUUGACCCUCUACCGCUCUCAGGAAGUUGCCAGUGGCCUUUCGUGUUAAAACCGUUCAUUCCAUAUGCCAAAACUUCCAAGCACUUAUUGUAGGAGAGUGCAUUCCCCCAGGUUGUGAGAUUUGGAAUAAGAAGAAAUGUUUCCUUUAAAAAAAAAAAAAAAAAAAAGAAUUAUUUCAUAAUUCUGGAAGGAACUCGGCCUGCAGUAACUCACUAACUGGUGACUUCAGAGAGCCGGGAUUCCACAAAUAUAUUCUUGGGGGUUAUGUGAAAUCACGGUAUUUCUCUUGUUUAAAUUAUGCUUUUUCUCUGAUUCCUGUGUAUUGACUUAUGCCUGAAAUGCCAACUGUCUCCUCUGUGCUCACUGCCACAGCUCUUCAAGAGGGAGCCCUAAAUAAUGAUGUUUAAUAAAACAACGUGAUUAAAUAUAAAUAGGAAAACCUCAUUACUGAGUAAACUUUCCAGAAAGCUGAGUUGAGACUGGCAGAGAGACCCGGCAUGUCAUCUGCUUUUUAGGCAUCUCAGUAUUUGAAUGUCAUUUAAAAUGUGCAUAGUUCAAGUGUGUGUCUGCACAGCACAGAGGUAUGAGGGCAGGGAGAAGGGUGUGCUGGGACACCACAUUGUGAAAUGCAGAUGUUUAAGCCUCUAGAUAGAAUCUUCAAAGGGAAACCAAAAUAAUUCCUCCCAUCAGGGUAGAAAAAGGCUGUAGGAAUGAUAAGUAUAUCCCUGGAGAUAUUCUGGGAAAUAAGAAAUCCUGUGUCCCAGGUGGGGGAGAGACUGCUUUGCUUGUAUCUUUGGUUGCAAUCUCUCUUGUUUCAGAGUAGCAGCCAUGUUAGUCUGUAUUCGCAAAAAGAAAAGGAGUACUUGUGGCACCUUAGAGACUCACAAAUUUAUUUGCGCAUAAGCUUUCGAGAAGUGAGCUGUAGCUCACGAAAGCUUAUGCUCAAAUAAAUUUGUGAGUCUCUCUAAGGUGCUACAAGUACUCCUUUUCUUUUUGCGAAUCUCUCUUGUGUCCACUUGGUGUCGCUCGCACAGUAAGAAUGAAAGCAGCUCCUUUGCAAGCGUUAAGUGCCUUGAGCUUAUGUACAGCACAGUUAACCUUUUCCCUAUCUGCGUUCCUGAGUCUCGCCAAUCUGAAAUAUCGCUCACUCAGAUCCAAGGAAUUGAUCUCCUCCUUGGUCUCUGCACUUGUCUGAGAAGCCGUGGGAAGGCAGUUCCCUCUCCUCGGAGAAGAUCACUGUGUUCUUUAAUAUAGUUUUCAGAGUAGCAGCCGUGUUAGUCUGUAUUCGCAAAAAGAAAAGGAGUACUUGUGGCACCUCAGAGACUAACCAAUUUAUUUGAGCAUAAGCUUUCGUGAGCUACAGCUCACUUCAUCGGAUGCAUGCGUCACCUUUGUUUGAAAUCGGUGCCUUAAAUAUAGAUAUCUUGUUGCUGUAUCAAAUAUAUCUGUACGCUUGUGUAGUGGGUCUUUUAACCUCAGUUGAUUUUCCCGUUGGUUGAUGUCAUGGUAUGUGUGUAAACCCCAACCCACCCACGCCCCCCGCGUGUGUGUGUGUGUCUUGCAAGCUGCCCAGUUCUGCUUCUCAGUCCUACCCCCCGCCCCGCUCCAACCCCCAACUCUGGCAGUCUCCUUGGACCGGCUCACUCUGUGUGUCUGGAGAAAAUCCAGCCCCCGUGAGGACUUGCUCUUUGCUGCCUCAACUCUGUUCUCUGCCUUCUCAAAUGACUCUACUUGUCCUUCAGUGUGUCUUGCCUCAGCCCUGCUAGUUUUCUUCUAAAGCAAAAUUAGCACUCUUCACCCCGCAUCCCUUGGGCCAGUUGUCCCUUUUCUUCCUCUACUUUCAAGCUUCUCCUUAAAUCCUGUCUCUGACUCAGAGCUGGUUGGAAAACUGGAGGAAGGGGUGCUGAAGUUUUUGAUUUUUUUUAAAAAAAUUGUUUAAAUUUCCCCAUGGAAAAUUUUGGCUCUUCCUCAAAAAUCCAAAGAAGUGUUUGACCACAGAAGAGUUGAAAUUUCCCCCAGGAUGCAAACAUGAAAUUUCGUGGUAAAAAAAAAAAAACAAUUUUCUUUGGAAAAACUGCUUCAGAAAACUCUCAGCCAGCCAUACCCUGAUUCCAAGCCCCCUCCUCCUCUCACUUUGGCUUGCUCCUUCUGUGCCUAUCCUUUUGGCAACCAAAUGAUAUGGCAGUCUCCUGUUCUGGGGGGGGAUAAAAACCUUCUCUUCACCAGCUACUGGACAGGAUGGUGCCAGAUGGGAUGGAAGACUACUCAAUAUCCCGCUGCCAAGACAACUGUCCCUUUCACCAAUUCCUUCACUGGCUUCCUCCCAAGUUCCUCAUCUCCCCAUUCAGAUCUCUGCACAGCCCCAUGCUUAAAUCUCCUCUGCUGUUUUGCCUUUAACCUCCCUAUAUGCACCCUCCAAGCUUCCCCUGGCCCUGCCAUUCCAUCUUUCCCUCGCUUUUGGCAUUGUGCCUUGUUGCCAUGACCAGCCCACCCAAUCAAUGCUUUCCCCUCAUCUCCUCAAAGCCAGUUGUGGGAAGUGUUCCAGCUGUAGUUACCUCACCCUUCUUGGAGUUUACCCUGUAUUGUACCCAUUUGUGCCUUUAGACUGUCAGCUUAUCAGGGCAGGGACUCUUGCUGUCGCAUUUGACCCAUAGUACAGUACCAUGCUUAACUAGAGCACUAUAAAUGAUUGGAGACCCCUGGGUGUACGUAUUUGUUCCACUCGCUAAACUGUGAAGCAGGCAUCAUUAGAGAAAAUCUUUGACUGAUGGGAGCUUUCUCUCCAUAAAGGAGCCUUUAUCAAAGAGGGAGGCUUCCCAAUACUAUAGCACCACAGUGCUCUAGCAAUCCUAACCCAUCCUUAGGGAGAACCACAGCUCCUAAGGGGCAUCCCGCACAAACGCUGCAUAGAAGUUCCCUUCGGUUAGACUUGGAGCGGUUCUGUUUCAGUGUCUCUAAUGCGGAAAGGGGAGCUGGGUGGAGAAUGGAAGAAAAAAAUCCUGGCUAUUACUUUGAAACUCCUCAGGUUUUCAAAACUGUUGAAGAAUUAGGCUUUUGUAACAUUUCUUUUUUUCUAACCCAGAAAAUGAUACAUGGAAGAAUGUCCAAUGUCUUGCUAAACAUUCUCAAUCUUUUUAAUAACACAUUUUUGACCUAAAAAUACCCCACUUUUGUUACAAAAAAGUUUUUGGGUUUUUUUGGGCUGGCUCUAAUGAAACCUGUGCAUUUUGAAAAUGCACACGCCCCCUUUGCAUUCUCCUUCCGCCAAAGCUCAAUAUACCCUAUAACUUGCAAGUAAAAUACGUCAGAGCUUAAAUUUUAAAAAAACAAAUAAAAAGCCUUGACCCUCAUGACUAAGUGUUUUGAGCAGCUCCAGGUGUAUUUUACCCAAAUAACUCCAGCUUUGCACCAUCAGUCGCCAGGGCAUUGCUGUGCCGGGAAAGGGCAACUAAUGCCCAAAGAGGGCAUGCUGAAUAUCUCCCUUCGUGUCUUGCUGUUCUAGACUGUUUGCCUGACCUCACCUUUUCUUUCCUAAAACCAUUGCACACACCAGGGAAGAACCACCCCUGGGGAAAACUAGCACUAAAGUAAAUGUUUGACUGGAGAAACUGAACAUAUAGACAACCAGGUGAUAAUAGGGAGGUCUGAUUUUUUAUAUUCUAUAAAUGGCUUAGUUAAAAGAAAACAUUUCUUUACGGUGGUGGGGAAAGGUGGCGGUGGGGGUGGUUGUUUUUAAUAUUGAUCCUGUCAACAAAAACGUAAGUUAUAGAUCUACAGAAUGAUUGCGCCAAAUUUUGUUGAGUAAUUUAGUGUCAAAAUGUAAAUAACUAUUUAAUAUAGUGGAAAUGUUUUAUUGUAAAUUGGAUUUUAAACAAAGUGUUUAAAUCAUUCAAAGCUGCUCUUUUGAACAGAUAGAAGCAUGAUUUUUUUCUUUCCAUUUGUGCAUGUAAACCAAGUGUGUACAGUACUUAGGUGAAAUUUCUGAAUGUGAAACACAGCUCUCUGUUUUGUUGCCUUGUGUAAUACAAACUGUAAGGCAAUGCACUUUAUAAAUAAAGAUUUAAAAGAAAUCUAUUUUAAUUAUAGUGAUGAAGAAUAGAGGCAGCUGCUGUCUCUUCCUUUUCCCCCCCCCUCCCUGGUAUGCCUUGAGCUUUUCCUAAUUGGCAAAAAAGAGAAGCUGGAAUACAUGUGUAUUAAUGUGAACCCAACUUCAAAGCUUUAAUGCUAUGACAAAGGAAGUUGGAUGCUGUUUCAUAUUUGUACUACGCUGUUGCCUUAUCAAUAAAAUGUAUGAUGUUGUGAAAAGCUCA